AUGAGUCCUACAAAUCCUAAUUAUCAUGGCAGACAAGGGGAGGAGAUGUUUUUGAAUGGCCCUUCCGCCGGUCGCCGAGAUGGAGAUGAAUCUCCAAUCGUGGAACCUCUGAGAAUCAAUAAACCUCCAUCAGCAGCACCUACCCCACAGCCAACGGCUCCUUCUAAUAAUACUCUGCCUUAUCCCGACGACCGACCACGGCCACAACAACAAUCAUACUCCCCUCCCAGUCAGACUACACCAUACCCUCAACCAAGCAACCGCGUUGCCAGUCCUGCGCAUAGCUUAUCGUCAUCCAGGGGUGCUACAUCUCCAGCAGGGUACCACUCCGCUUUACGGCCUCGCGAUGGACGGGAACAGAAACCCUCUUUGGCCGAAAGACGGGGCAAUGCGCCUCCCAAACAAUUACCGGAAUCGCCUGGUCCAGAGACUCCUGAUAAAGAUAGCCUCUUCCAGAAAUUCCCUCCUCCAGGGCCACCUCGUCCCGUGGCGAUCGAGUCUAACGAUGCUAGAUAUAAUCAACAAUACUUCCCACCUCCGUCGGCUACGAGCGCAGCACACGCUCGCUUAAGGGCUUCUAAUCCGGACUCCAUUAAUCGCAUCAGCUCUACGGCAUCUAAUUCCACAACUCGUGCGCAGAGAGGUUCCCCUCCGCCGCCUGAGACCCCGAUUGUCGGUCCUGGUCAACGACCAGGAGCUGAUAUCGAGGCUCGGUUUGCAGCUGCAGGGAUUGCAGGCACAUCUACUCUGGCGAAUCUACAGUCUCGUAAUGCAGCUGCCCAACAGCGAGCGAAUCAAUAUGCUGGUCAGACCGAAACGACUCGCCCUUGGACUCCAACCGAACAACCGGGUACGCAACCCCACGGGCCUCCUACAGUGUACCAAGGAUCUAGUGAAAUUGGAACCCAGCAAUACCCUCCACCUACGCCCUCCCAGCCUAUACCUCAACAAGCUCCUCCGAUCAAUCAUGCCGAUCGACCCACUAUCCCCCCAAAUGCCCUGGAGCAGGACCUUCAACGAAUGAACCUUUCUGCUUCUCCUCCCCCCGCUUACUCGAGCGUGCCUGGCGCUAAUACCUCCCAUCAGUAUCCCAAUGACAAAGGAAGGCCUGUGCUCAGCUCCCCUCCUCCACAAGGACAUCCGGCUUCAACUGGUGCACCCUCCGUUGCUGGCUCAGCGGUGGGUGCCGCCGCAGAAAUUCCCCCGAUCAGUUCCCCUGCUCCUUCCGUACAAAGCCACCCGGCCUUUGCCAAUGAUCCAAGGCAGCAACAGCACAUACCACAGCCACAACAGUUGCCGCAGGGGCCACAACAAGUAAUGUCACCGCAACAAGGACAGCCAACAGGAGCAAUAGUUGAGCAAAGUAUACAGACAAGCGCUUCCCCAGCUCCUGGAGGAUUUCCACCAGCGUCACCACCGCCCUUACCUGAGGGUUGGAUUGCUCAUCUUGAUCCAAAUUCGGGUCAAUAUUACUAUAUUCAUCUUCCUACGCAGUCUACACAAUGGGAAUUUCCAAAGGGACCCACACCACUCAAUCUUAACGAGACCCCCAUGUCGCCCGUUGGCAGUGUUUAUAGCGCUCAUCCUCUCACCUCUCCAGGAUUUUCUACUCUCGGCGGUAAGCCACUAGCCUCACCGGGAGUCCCAAUGACACCUUUAUACGAAGGUAGUGUGAUGGGACUCAGUACGGUUGGAACUGCCGUAACUGGUCCUCCUCCCAGCAGUGGGGUUGAGCUGUAUAAGGUUGCUGCUACAAAUGGUGUUUACUUUGGACCGUACUUGCGUUACUGUAAUAUGGAUCUAGAACGGGGUAUUUGGUUAGGGUCUAUCUUGCUGGUUACGGACGCUCCACAACCUCCGACGAUCCAUAUUCACCAGAGUGUAGAUUUAUCGCCAAACCCUCGGCAAUUAAAGGGCGUUAAUAUACAUCAACACCAGCGCUGGGUGUUUUAUAAGUACGACAUUGACUUGCAAAUGGAAGAUUCCGGGCCUGCAAAAUGGACUUACGCCAUCACUUCGCAUCUUGGCUGCACGCGAUACGAGUUCCUCGUCGCUGGACGAUACGAGACGAACUGGAGAUUUAUCGCGACGUCAGGUAAUGACUUCUCUCUGAACGUCAGUGCCAAUGAACGAGCUCGGUUAGGCGGUGCCGGCUUUAUGUGGAAGGAUAUCAUGCAGAAGUAUGCGGAAGUAGGAGGAUUUCAUUGCCAGUUAGGGCUUGGUGGCCAGAUAUCAGCGGAUAGAAUCUGGAAAGAGAUACCCCUACUCAAGCAAUGGCUAGGUAUUCACGGAAAAGAGCAAAGAAAGAAUGCUCCGUGGACCCCGGCACACGAGGAGGAAGUUUCACAUGCUUAUUUCCACUUUUACACGAGUCAUUUCGACCAGCCACAUCUUCGAGAAGCGUUUGCACAAAUUCCAUAUAUCCUGCAGCUGGACGACCACGAUAUAUUUGACGGAUUCGGCUCUUACCCACAGCAUAUGCAAUUCUCAAACAUGUUCAAGAACAUUGGCCGUAUCGGUAUUGAGAUGUAUUUACUCUUCCAGCAUCAUACGACCUUGGAGCUUCUCCGUAAUGUGAACUCCGAUCAUGACUUAUUUACAAUAACUGGGACAGGGUGGCAUUUUGUCAAGUACCUGGGGCCAGCAGUCGUUGUCGUUGGCCCCGACUGUCGAUCAGAGAGAAACCCUCACCAAGUCAUGGCUGGUCCAACGUAUCAAGGACUGUUUCCCAAAAUUGCACUACUGCCGCCAAGCGUGCAGCAUUGUAUCUGGAUGAUUUCGGUUCCCCUGAUCUAUCCAAGGCUAGAAUCCACAGAACAGAUAGCGAAUGCGGUGGCUACUGGAAAGAAGGCCGUCACAGGGGCAUACAAUCUUUUGGGUAAAGUGACUAGCUCGGUAGCAGGUGUCGUAGGGGCCAAAGAUGCUGUCGGCUCAGGGUUCGAUGCGGUCAAGCGGGCAGUUGGCAAGACCGGAUUAAUGGGUGGCGUACUCAAUCCAUUUGGCGAAAUUGAUAUUCUCGACGAGCUCCGAGACCAGUGGACUCAUGACUCUAAGGAUCUCGAGCGCACGUAUCUGAUCCGUACCCUACAGGGCAUUGCAAAGCAAAAGUCUAUUCGCAUGACAUUCCUAUCUGGAGCAGUCAAUGUAUGCGGAGCAGGUCUAGUGCAUGACCCGAGUCAUCCAUCAGACCACAAAACGAUGUACCAACUCAUUUCAUCACCGGUGGUCAACACACCACCGUCAUCCUAUAUCCUGAAACUCCUUCAUAACAAUAAACCGCUCUAUAUCCCCGCCAACGGACAACGCUCAACCCCAUCACAACCCACAGAUACAAAGGAGGACAUGCUGGAACUCUUCCAGACAGAUGUCACGGGUCAACCCAGGGAAUAUCGUCGACUCAUGGGUCGGCGCAACUACGUCGCUAUUGUCGCAUAUGAUCCGGAAGUUGUGUCAGGAACAUUUGGACAGACAGAUAUGGCGCGUGGUGGUGGUAAACUUAGCCUUGCUGCUGAUUUUAUGGUUCAGGGUGAAGGUGCAUAUGGAAGUGUAGUCAAGUAUGGGCCUGUUAUAAUCCCCAGUUUGGGAUUUGGUCAAUGAGCUUUUUUUUCUCUUGCCAUUUUUCUUUUACUAUAUAACUAUUUUCUUUGGAGUCUUUCCUUGUUGUCUAUUGUCACUGCGCUGUAUUGAACAAUACCAUGAGGCUGUCGUUCUGUAAAUUCAAGGUUCUUUCUAGGUCUAGAUAUUAUACUAUUAUAUUAUCAACAAUACUCC